GCCGACGAACGGAGAGAAGAAAGAGAGAGAGGGUGGAAAAGGAAGAGAGGGAGCGGGGAAAAGGAAGAGACAAACUGGAGACCGCGAAAGCGAAAGAGUUCGAGAAUGAGACAGUGAAACAUGUUUGUGUGUGGAGGAGCGAAAAGCCGGGGCGGCUCAGGGCGAGGCAAUUUCCUCGCGAGUUUUCGCUGUUCCCCUCUCUUUUUUAGUUCCCUUUCUCCCUUUCUUCUUUCUCCGCGUUGGACUGGACUUCAGCCGACAGCAGCUGCUCUUCUCAGAUUCUCUUGAGCUUCUCUUCCCUUGGUCCGGUCCCUCUCUCUCUCUCGCGUCUACGCAGGUCCACUACUACUCGAGUCGACCGUCCAUCGCAUCCGUUCUCUUCUGUUUCGACGCGCUUCAAGUCAACGACCUUCUUCUCUGUUUCGCGCCGCUUGUCUUUCCUGUUCGUCGUCCUUCUGCUGUUCGUCCUUUCCUGUGCUUCCUGUCCUCGCUGGUAGAGCAGGCGUCGAGCGGAAGACGUCUUUUUCUUCCGUUAUUUGUAUUUUUCCUUCUCCCCGCUUCUCUGUCUCCUUUCUUUGCCUCUCCUGUCUCUGUUUUUAGUUCCUUCUCGGAUGCUUUUCGCAGCAUGACGCCGCUCCCUUCCUCGCUCUCCUGCGCUCCAGCCGCGGCGGGGUGGACACAAAGGGAGCCAUUGCAGGACCUCGAUGCCAAAGCGGAAACCGAGAAAUCAAGAUCUUCUUCCUCCUCUUCUUCCUCCUCUUCUUCUUCCUCUUUCUCUUCUUCCUCUUCUUUCUCUUCUUUCUCUUCCUCUUCUUCUUCCUCUUCUUCUUUUUCUUCUUUUUCUUCUUCCGCGACUGUGCAGCCUUCUGAUGUUGUGUCGCGAUCAGGGGCGCGGCGAGUAGUUCUGCGCGAGCGUAGCGGCGCCGGCGGAGCUUCUUGUUCUUCGUCUUCUUUGCCAACCGCUUCUGUCUUUGCCUCUCCGCCGUCUGCGGCGCAGCCUUCCUCCUCUUCUCGUCCGUCGCCUUCUCCAGGAAAGAGUCUCUCCGUCUGCACUCUUUCUGCAAGUGACGGUCGAGGAAAGCGGAGGCCGCACAGCUUCGGUGGCGGAGGGAGAGAAGCGAAGAAGGCGCGGUUCUCGUCGACGCGACGCCGCGGCAACGCAGGGCAGGCAGAGAGGGAAGUCGAGGCUCGCAUCGGGGAGGAAGAGCGAGAGGAAGAGCUGAGAAAAGAGGUCCUGGACGCCGUCAAGAUCUUGACGAGUCCGGAGGAGAUCGAGGCCCUCGUUCGGAUUCUUGUCGAUCUCAGGGAGAGCAAUUUCGCUCUCUUCGAGCGGAUUAUUCACCGCCGAGGCUGUCAAGAGUGUCUCCAGAUCCUCGAGGAAACUCUAAUGGUCGAGCGCGAAGGCGGCCAGUUCCUCCCUUGCGGACGCCGCAGGACGCCCGGCGGGAUUUUUCUGCGUCUCCUCCAGAGCAGAAUUCCUCCGGAGGACAGGAAGUUCAUUUGGGAUGAGCAAGUCCGCGCUCAGAAGGAGAGGAGAAAACUGUUGAAGAGCGCGCGGAGACAGUUUGCGAGAGACACCUGCGCAGAGCGAGCGGCGAGCGCCUUGCUGGAAAGCGAAGAACAGAAAGCCAGGCCAGCGAGAAAGCUCCCAGAGUCAAGAGGGAGCGAACCGGAAGAAGGCGAGUGCACUGACGACGAAUGAGAAAGGAGAGCAGAGAAAAAAGGAAAAGGAGAAAGGAAGCAGAGAAGAGAAGAAGGAUGGAACAAAGAAAGAAGACGCAGACGGUGAGCGGAACGAAGACGCGAGCUGAGGAAGGAAAGGAGGAGACAGGGAGAGAAAGCGUAAAGGGAAGAAGGGGUAGAACAGAGGAACUGAGAUACACUUUUUGAAGGGAUGAGAGAGGACAGCAAGAGGAGACAGUGAAGGACAAGGGAGGAGAUGGAGAAUCAGAGAAGAUGGUGACGAGCUAUAAGAACAGUUUCUCGGUGCAGAUGUUUGUUUUCCAGUUCGAGGAGGGCGAGACGCUCUGUGGGGUUUCGCUCUUGACGAAUUCGAUCCCCGUUCAUUGUUUUCCGCAGUUCGCUGCAAAGUCCUUCUCCGCGUUCCGUUUUUCCAUCUUGUUCAUCACUCGGCUUCUGUUGCCGCGCCGCAACACCGAGAACGCACUUGCGUUUCUAG